AUUAAAAUAAGAUCCAAUGUUUCUCUUCAGUAAGCGGAUUCUGAACAUCGAGAGGCUGGAGGCUCAGUUGAAGGCUUGCCAUUGCUCCUUUACUUUCACUAAAAUCAAGCCGUCGCUGCUUGCUUUGUCGCUUCUGGCUCUGGAGAUCGAAGAUGAGCACGAGUGUGAGCCGGUUCCUGCUCUCAGAGAGGCUCUGGAUGCUCUGCGGGAGAGUUUGACUGUAAGUUUCCUGCAAGAUUACUACUAGAAAGAUCUAUUUGUUUGGGAAAUGGGGUGGAGGUGUACAGCAGACGGACUGCGUUGCGUAACGAGUUGAAUCUAAUGAGAAACCGAUAUGCAAGUGCAUC